AUGGCUGCUGGGAAUUCGUUUCCUGGGACGGGCUGGUUCGCCAGCGGGAUCAACACCGCCCAGCAGCUUUCCCUCAACACAACGGCAUCAGGCGGAGACUUCCGCGCAGCGUCAGGCCUCGGCGCAGCCUUUAUCGCAGCAGUCGCGGUUCUCAUUUCCACUUCCUGGCUCUCCUUCCUUCGCCGCCGUCGCACCCUCCCACCCGGCCCUUCCCCAUGGCCCAUCCUCGGCAACCUCCCGGACCUAGGAACGCUUCCAUUCCGCUCCCUCGCGAAGCUGGCCGACAGGUACGGCCCGAUCCUUACCAUUUGGUUCGGUUCCACCCCGUCAGUGGUCAUCUCGUCGCCAGAGCUCGCUCGCGAGGUGCUUAAAACGAACGAUAAGCUGUGCUCGUCUCGUCCAAUGAUUCGCACAUUGGAGAUUUUCUCUCUCGGCGGGAAAAAUAUCGUGUUUUCGCAACCCAACGACCGUUGGAGAAAGUUGCGACGGCUGGCGACGCUGCACCUUCUGUCUGCGAAGAAACUGCAGGAGAGCCUUCCCGUGCGAGAGGGGGAGGUUCGCGACAUGCUCGAUGCGAUCGCUGCUGACGUAGCUGCUGCUGACGCAACAACUAGCCCUUCGGAUGUGACUAAAACGGGAGGCAACGCGAGAUUUGCCGCCGUUGCAGACGAGGGGAGCAUAGUAGAAGUGCGCAGGUAUCUAAAUCGCGCGACGCUCAACAACAUUAUGCGCAUUGCUGUCGGGAAGCGCUUCGGCUAUUCGUCGAUUCGCGGCGCGGCGAGCACCACGCCAAAUUCGCUUCUCGACGUCGCGAUGCGAAUUGACUGGAACGAGCGCAUCGCCGCAAUGAGCGGCGAGAAACGCGGCGGCGGUGUCGACGCGGCUGCAGCUCCAGCUACUGGUUCUGACGCUUCGGCAGCGGCUGAAGCGGAAUAUAGUACCUCUAAGACUAACUUAUCAUCUUCGAUGGAGGCGACGGAAGGAGAAGUGGCGUUUGCGAUAAUCGAGGAGGGAUUUGCUCUUGCGGGAGCAUUCAAUCUCGCGGAUUACGUGCCGUGGCUGAGCUACUGGGACCCGCUGCGCAUGUACGCGCGCGCGCAGCGCCUCGCGCCGCAGCUGUUCGGAUUCAUGCGCGCGUGCAUCGCGGAGCGACGCGAGCUCCUGUCGCAAAAGAAUCGUUCCGAGUCGGAAGAAUUGAGGAGCGAGACUACACUUGAAGCUGAAGCUGCGCUUGUUGAUGCGUUGAUCGAAGGGGAGGGGGAGGAUCAGAUGGAUAAGGAUGAAAUGCUGAUGCUUGCGAUUGAUAUGAUGAUGGCGGGAACUGAUACCACCGCCAAGACCGUGGAAUGGGCGCUUGCUGAGCUGGCGCAGCAUUCGGACCUGCUGGAAAGGCUCCGCGCUGAGGUGGAUGAAGCUUAUGCCAGUGUAACUCUACGUGGUUACCACAUCCCGCCCAACACCAUGAUUCAGAUCAACGGCUGGGCUCUCUCCCACGAUCCAACGGUCUGGAUCAACCCGCACGAAUUUGAUCCCUCCCGGUUCCUUGGCCCUUCUGCCCCUGAUGUAACCGGGGAGGAGGAGGAGGAGGAGGAGGAGGAGGAGGAGGAGGAGGAGGAGGAGGAGGAGGAGGAGGAGGAGGAGGAGGAGGAGGAGGAGGAGGAGGAGGAGGAGGAGGAGGAGGAGGAGGAGGGUUCUAAAGGCGAAUCCUCUGCUGCUACGGUGUCCCAUGCUUGCGCUGGUAACCAUAACAGCAUUGCAUGUUCUUUUGCUGGUUACAGUGAGAACAGUGCUGCCACCAGCGUUGUUCGAUUGAACCCAGUCUGUGCUGGGAAAGGCGGAGCCACAAUAGCAGCGGCGUCGGAAGAAGCAGCAGGAAAAUCUUUCGGGAAGCAAGGCGUUGGUUGGAAAGGCAUCUCCUCUCAGUGCAGAAUUCGCCUUAACUUCAAGCGGUGA